AUGUUUUCUGACCUUGUUUCGCUACACGCAGCCGAUUUAGGGGCUGCGGCUCUGCUUCUAAUCGCCGCAUUCUGGCUCCGGUAUACUGCCCGGCGUAACAGGUUUACGGUGGACGAGAAGCGCGAUGAUGCCAAAGGUGCUCCGCCGACCUUCCCUUACGUAUUUCCACUAUUGGGAAGCCUACCAGUAGCAUAUCUAUGGAACCCGAGAGCUUUUGUCUUGAACCCGAACAAUUUCUUCCAAAGCGCGCGUCCGGUCCGCGUCAAGAUCCUUACGCAAGAAUUCUACACCAUCUGCGGACCCGAGAACGUCAAGGCUUUCUUUAGAGGCUCCGGGGCAUGCACAUCAAUCCCCUUCGUCAAAUUCGCGCUUGGGUACGCCUUCGGCUUACCGUCCAAGGCACUGAGUCUGUACCACAAAGACGACUCUGGCGGCGGCCAUGUGCCGCACCCGGGCAGCACGGUAGAGGCCCGCAACCGCAUCGACUACCGCGUUAACCAGUCCUUGGUCCGAUUUCUAGAAGGAAAGGGGCUUAUGCCCUUUUGGAACAGGUUUGCGGACGACAUCACGCAGCGGUUGGGUGGGCUGUACGACCGCAUUGGCUCCGAUUGGGAGUAUCAUGCCGACCUUAUGGAGGCCGUCCGAGACGAGGCCACCGUCUCCAUCCUCAAUGCUCUCUGCGGCCCGUACCUCUUGGGUCUGAACCCGCACUUCCUGCAGGACUACUGGGAUUUCGAUCGCAACUUGCAGACCUAUCUUCAAGGUAUUCCGUGGUUCCUUGCCCCAAGGGCCUACGCUGUUCGGAAGAGGGUGCUGGAUGCCGUUAAAAUUUGGCAGCGGCACGCAAGAGACCACUACGAUGAUUCGGCCAUCGAUGCUGAUGGCGACGACCCAUUGUGGGGGAGCAGCUUCUUCCGGGAGAGACACGAUAUGUUUCUCGAGAUGGACGGUUUCGACUAUUCAGCUAUUGCAUCCCAAGACUUUGGAGCAAUAUGGGCGACAAGGAAUUCCAUUACUGCUGCGUCCUGGGCCAUCUUUGAAAUAUUUCGAGAUCCCGAACUGCUCGCUAGUAUAAGAGCCGAGGUUGGCGCUUGUACGGUCACAUCUGCAGACGGCCGCAUCCGGUUCAACGUUGACCAACUGCUGCGCCUACCAAUCCUCCAAGCCGUCUACGCCGAGACUCUACGACUUAGGAUGGACUUUUAUCUAAUUAGAAUGCCAGACAAGGUAGACAUGAAUAUCCAAGAUUGGGUUAUACCGAGGCGAAAGGUCAUUGUUACACCGACGACAGUUGCGCACAUGGAUACCAAGACGUGGAGCACCGGCUUAAAUAACGAACAUCCCGUCGACCAGUUCUGGAUAGGAAGAUUCCUUAAAUAUCCACCAGAGAGUGAACAUAAUGUCAACACACUACCACGCGUUCCCGCUUCUCCAACAUUCUCGACAAAAGAGUUUGAAGGGUCGUGGAUCCCUUACGGCGGCGGACCGCGACAGUGCCCUGGUCGACACUUUGCCAAACGCCAGAUACUAUUGACCACCGCUCUUAUGGUAAGCCUGUUUGACUGCGAGAUAUCAGAGGAAGGUAAGAAUGUUCAGGGGGAUUCGACGCUCAAGGGGUUCGGCAGUGGUGUGUCGCUUCCAGACGGCAAAGUCCCCGUAAAAAUACGGCGCAGAGACGGAGGUAGCAUGUAG